ACAUAAUUAUUGGUACAAUCAUGUGCCUAGUCUCAAUUUUCGGUUUGAUAAGUGCUGCCAAAAAAAGCAUUUACUGUCUCAAACUUUAUGCUGCAAUGAAUGUUAUGGUAAUUGGUGGAUUGAUCAUUACAACUUUAAUUGGUUUUUCAAGAUUUGAAGAUGCUGCUUCAAAAAGUAUAGAAGAAUUCAUUUCAGUUAAUUUCAAUAGUGAUAAAUAUAAUGAAAGAAAAACAAUGAUUGAUGAUUUGCAACAAUCCAUUAAGUGUUGCGGUAACACUGGCAUGGAAAAUUAUGAAUUUCUUCCAUCAUCCUGUUGUGUGCUGGAAGAUUGUCAUUCUGGAUUUGUUUAUGAAGGAUGUAACACUAAAAUUCUUGAAAUAGUGAAUGAAUACAGCCAGACAGAACUCUUUGAAAUUCAAAAAAUAUCAUUAAUCGUAAUUGCUGUCAUUGCUGGAGCUAUCGAGUUAUUUGGAGGCUUGCUUGCAUUCAGCAUCGUACAUUUCAGCAAAUCAACAAUAUUACAUGAAAAAUUAGAGAAUAGUUACGCUGGAAACUCUGGAAGAAUCUGGUGGUUAUCACACUAUUGA